ACUUACUCCGCUUUCAAACAAGUCUGAGAGCAAAACAAAGAGGAGAGAGCGAAGCUGAAGCUACAAACAGCGACCUAACCAAGCCCAGCCCAGCCCAUCCCAACUCAACGCUUAGAAUUCAGCUGGAGUAACGAUCAAACUCGAGAUGUUUGUGAAAAUGAUCAUUGAAGCGUGCCUUAUUCUACUGGCUGUCUGCAUGGUGGAAGGCGACGAUUGCUUGCUGCCCUGUGACUGCCCCUCAGAAGCUCCCCUCUGCCCGCUGGGCACCAGUCUGGUCCUGGACGGGUGUGGCUGCUGUAAGGUGUGUGCCAGGCAAGCGGGGGAUCCCUGCUCCAGCCUGGAGCCCUGUGACCACCACAAGGAGCUGUACUGUGACUACAGCAUCUUGAGUGACACUGAGACUGGCAUCUGCAUGGCCCGUGAAGGAGCCACAUGUGACCUGGGAGGGGUGAUCUACCGUAGCGGCGAGACUUUCCAGCCCAGCUGCAAGCACCAGUGCAUCUGCAUGAACGGGGAGAUCGGCUGCGUGCCCACCUGCAGCAACGCGGUCCGUCUGCCCUCUCCCGACUGCCCCUCCCCGCGCCGGGUCAAGAUCCCAGGCAAGUGCUGUGAGGACUGGGUGUGCAGCCAGGACCAGGGGGGUGAUCCCUUCCAGGCAGCCAUGGCAGUGUAUCGCGAGGUGCCAGCCUACGGGCAGGAGCUGGAGAGCCCGCGGGAUAACUGCAUCGUCCAGACGACGGAGUGGAGCGAGUGCUCCAAGAGCUGCGGCAUGGGCAUCUCCGAGCGCGUAACCAACGACAACGAGCAGUGCCAGCUGGAGAAGCAGAGUCGCGUGUGCAUGAUCCGCCCCUGCGACGCCCCCCAGGAGAAGAGCAUCAAGAAGGGAAAGAAGUGUGUGCGCACUCCGAAGUCCCAGAAGGCCAUGCGGUUCGAGCUGUCUGGCUGCACCAGUACGCAGGUGUACAAGCCCAAGUUCUGCGGGGUGUGCACGGACGGGCGCUGCUGCACGCCCCACACCACGGGCACCAUCGAGGUGGAGUUCAUGUGCCCCGAAGGGGACACCUUCCUCAAGAAGAUGAUGUUCAUCAGGACCUGCUCCUGCCACCACGACUGCCCCCGCGACAACGACAUCUUCCUGUCCACCCACCACCGCAGGAUGAUCGGAGACUACGAGAACUGAGCGAACACUGAAAUCCUUCCCCGACAUGCCAGCCGUUUCAACUAGAACCAUUUCCCUGUGGGACGGUCCCAGCCCUGGUUUACCCCGAUUAGUUGAGCAUCUUUAAAGUUAACACUCCCAUUUUUAAUGCCCCUCCUUUUUAAAUAUGGACUGUUGGCAGCUCUGAAAGAAAUCAAUGGACUUGGGUGGGUGGAUGUUGACCCCCAAGAGCCCCUUAUUUGGGUACCUGGUAAAUAUUGACUGGGCUUUUUUCCUUUUCACACUGUGUUACCACUGAUGUAGCAAAACGAGCUUGAAUAUGUAAAACACUGCUUAGGAAGAUGCCAGUGUAGAUGAAGUAGGUGGGGGACCGCGUAAAACAAGAUUUCUGAAUAAUGAGGCACUUAUUAUAACUGUUAGACCCCUAGAAACUGAUCCGCAUUUUCUAGUAGAGAUAACGAGACCCACAAGGGUUUGAUUGCAGUCAAGUGCCACUGAUGUGCAAGCUGCUAAUUUGCUAGCACUCACUAUUAAACAAGACAAACAACCCCACAUGUGUUACAAUAACAGCCUGGUUAACUUCUAAACAGCAUAGCCCACAGCGACCUCUAGUGGCCACAUAUAGGUGCAUCGGCAAGGCAUGAGAAAGUCUGUAUCCUCUUGUGCUGUAAGCCUGCCCUUAGCAUUUGGUUUGAGUCGCCGUAGUGAAGUCGAGUGCCACCACUAGAGUGAAUGGCAGUGUUUCUCAACAGUAGACCACUGCGGUGCCUGUUUUAAAUGACAAAAGCUAACCUUGCUUUAGCUGUAAAAUUUAUGUGUGUGUGUGUGUGUGUGUGUGUGUGUGUGUGUGUUUUUUUUUUUCUUUCAAACAAAACUUUUCACUCCAUUUUUUUCGUGGUUAUAUUUGAUGUGGUUUUUAAGAGGCUGCAGCCAUUAAAGCUCUUUUUUUUUUUUUUUUUUUUUUUUAAGAAAUCCUAAACAGAAAACAAAUAGUUUUUUGCAGAGAUUGUCUGCAGUGGAUUGUCUUGGUGAAGUGUGGAUUGCUUUAGAUGAAAUAUAGUGCAAUAUUUGAUCAAUCAAUUAAAAAAAAAAAAAAAAACUGGUAUGCAAGCAAUACACCUAAUAGCCGUAUCGCAAUUCUAAAAGAUUAAUGUUUCUCUUCUCACUCUGGGAAACUGUUCAGUACACAAGGGGCUUAGAAGACCUUCAAGAGAUCUAAAACAACACAUGUGAAAAGUGAGGCUUUGUUAAGAUAGAAUGAUUUGUUUUGGCAGGUUGCUGUACGCGCUAUUUAAAAAGUAAGCUGCACAGCAAUCAAAUGCGACUCUGACACGUGACCUUUGUAAAUGCAUUGUGUAAAUAGGCUGUACAGUUCUGUAUUGUAAUUUAUACCAUCUCUAUACACUUCUGACGUAGGCAUGUUGUUCUGUAACCCUCCUGCUUUUACAGAAACUGCUUGCUGUUUAUGUAGGUUGCAAUACACUUGAGUAAAUAUUUGUUGCACUUCAGUCGGUUUCCAAUAAAAUUCUAUAUUUUUAUAUAA